AACGGUCGGAAUGAGACACAAGUCCGAGGGCAGGACGUGACCUUUGAGGUAUGAGUAAUUGGGAACUUUACCCUCUGGAGUAUGUACGUGAACAUAAACGUGUUACCAAGCUCUGCGGUAACCACUCGAUUUGCAGUUGGUCGCCGCGCUCUGCAACCCACCUGGUGCCCUAAUGUCGGAAAACAUGGCGGCCCUAACGCCACGGACUCCUUGCAUUGUUAGCGCUGUAAGGACACCCUUAGGUGCCUUCCAGGGAGCUUUGUCAUCUUAUACCGCAAUGGAGCUUGGGGCGUUUGCUAUACGCGGAGCCCUUGAGCGGGCUGGUGUGCGGCCGGAAGAUGUCGAUGAGGUCAUCUUUGGCAAUGUUAUAUCCGCGAACCUCGGCCAGGCUCCCGCCACCCAGGCGGCCCUCGGUGCCGGGCUCCCCCCCAGCACCCCCUGCACGCUGGUGAACAAGGUAUGCUCCUCGGGGCUGAAGGCGGUGAUGCUGGCGGCACAGGCGAUCAUGGCGGGCUCUGCUGACGUCAUUGUGGCUGGCGGCAUGGAGAGCAUGAGUAACGCCCCACAUUACCUGCCUGGGGCCAGGAAGGGCCUGAGACUGGGCGACGGCUCCGUUGUGGACGGUCUUGUCAAGGACGGUCUGUGGGACCCGUACGGCAACAUCCACAUGGGCAGCUGUGCGGAGAUGUGCGCGGACAGGUUCGCAGUGGGCCGCCAGCAGCAGGUAGGUCCCGGCGGUUGGGGGCCCCGCUGCGGGUGGUUGGGGGUUGGUAGUUGGGGGGUUGGGGGUUGGAACUGA